AAGAGAACCUGGAAUCAACAUUACUGCGAGCUCAUCCUGUUCAAACAACAACAUGGUCAUUGCAACGUCCCGCAGAAACGCUUCCACGACUUGUCGCUGUCUAACUGGGUAGCAUGGCAGAGGGCGAUAAAGCGUCGGAACACGAUGAGGAAGGAUAGAGAGCUGCUGCUGGAUGAGCUCGGGCUUCACUGGAGCUGGGUCAAAGUGCGUCAUGACUACUGGAACGAGCGGUACAGUGAGCUGCUCCGGUUCAAGUUGGCUCACGGCCACUGCAACGUCCCUCGGAGGUCAGAACUUGGCUCUUGGGUGAGCUGGAUGCGCCAGAGGCGCAACAAGGGA